AACUAGGAUUAGAUCAAUACCGCAGAGUAAAGGACAAAGUUCAAUAGCCAUAAAAGGGAUUGUAACAGAAGAAAGGUGCGGCUCAGCCCUAAUCCCUGUACAGCAUGUAAUGGCUGUCCCGGAGUCUGCUGUUCAGAGACUGCAAGACUCAUAAGGAUUUCCUUGGGAUGUUUUCACUUUUCUACUGAUGUCAUGAAAGCCUGCACAGUGAUGGAGUCCACAUUUCAGUGGGUGUCACCUCUUCUCCUAUUGAUUUUUCUACAAAUGCCCCAUUUGAUUGCAGGUCGGUUUACAAUCAUCCCUCCUCAGAAUCCUGUCAUUGCUGUCAUUGGAGAAGAUGUUGUUCUACCCUGCCAACUGACAGCAGCAGAUAACCCUGACACAAUUACUGUCCAGUGGAUACUUUCUAGACCCCCAAACAAAAUAGAAGUAAGCACCUAUGAUGGACAAAUAAAAGAAGUGAGACGGGAUGAGAGAUACCAGGGCAGAACACAAUUCUUCCAAACUGAAUUUCGAGCAGGAAAUGUGUCCUUAAACCUGAAGGAUAUCAAGGUCUCUGACAAAGGGAAGUACACCUGCAGUGUCUCUUUGAAUACGUGGUACGAUGAGGUGGUGGUUGAACUGGAUGUAACAGCAAGAGGUGCUAAGCCUUCCAUUUUCCUGGAGGACUAUGCAGGGCAGGGGAUCGGCCUCACUUGCAAGGCAGAGGGAUGGUUCCCUGAGCCCCAGGUGCUCUGGCUAGAUAGUAAAGGAGAAAACAGAACAGAAAAGUUGACAACCAACAAAAAAGAGACACUUGCUAAAAUCUACAAUAUUGAAAGUUCCAUUAUCAUAGAACCAGGAUCGGACAAUGAGGCCUCCUGCAAAAUAAUCAACCAUGUGCUAAAAACAGCGAGUGAGUCCAGAGUCCUAAUUUCAGAUGUUUUCUUCCCAACCACCUCACCUUGGAUGGCUGCUUUCCUGGUCAUUUUAUUUCUUAGUAUAGCCACGAUUGCUGCUGUGGGGUAUAAAUUGAAAAAAAAUAAUGAUACAAAAUCUAACUCCGUGAAUGAAAAGAAAAAAAUGGAAGAAGAAAAAGAACGUCUGCUGAGUGCACUAGAGACAAACAAAAGGACAGAUGCAAUAGCAAUUCAAGACAUACAAGAAAAUUCUGAACGACUCUCAACAGAGCUGGAUUUCAGAAGAGCUCAGAGCUAUGCAGUUGCCAUCACUCUGGAUCCAGAUUGCAAACACCCAGAGCUCAGACUGUCAGAGGAUAAGAAAAGAGUCUGGCGUGAAGCUGCAUCUCCACAGCCGGCUGCAGCCUCCAGGGCCCUGCUUGUGGUGGGGAGGAAGGGGUUUGUGGAUGGCAGACAGUACUGGGAGGUGGAGGUGGGGUGCAAAGGGGACUGGGAGCUGGGGGUGCUGAGUCAGGCUGCGAGGGAGACAGUGAAAAGAGAGGAGGCAGCGACACUGCCUGGGGAGGGAUGCUGGUCUCUGCGGAGAUCCCAGGGAGACCUUUUUUCAAGCCCAGAAAAUAAAAAGAUAGAAAAGAGGGAUGCAACCUAUGCAGUGAUUGGGGUAUUUUUGGAUCGGGAAGAGGGAAGAAUCUCAUUUUAUGAUGCCGGGAUGAUGUUCCCCAUUGUAACUAUCCCUGCAGGACUGACUGAGAAAUGUUUGUAUUACCCAUUCCUCAGUCCCGGGAAUAGCACAGGAGAGCAGAAACCACUCACAAUCCUCCCUGUCAGAGUUCCUGUCCCUUUACAGCCUCUGAGAAAGGAAAAAUGAGAUCUGGGUACUUUAGAAAAUUAAAACUCACUGUGGAAGGGAGACGGGAAUGUAAACAUGUGGAAACACUUGAAACAGCAAAGGAAGCAAAGAGGAAAUUGAAGAUUAACUACAAGAGAUAAAUGAGGAAAAAGAGACAACAAAAGCUGGUCCUAGGCAAGGAGACUCCAAAGUUGAAUUGAAUAAAUAAUUCUGAAAGAAAUUAGGCUUGUCCUUAUACAAAUAUUUUAUUUAACUUUCUGUUGCACUUUUAUAAAUAGGAAAAUAUAGUAAUGACAAAAUUUGGGGUAAUGAGUUCAGAUUCAGAGGAAAUGAAAGUAAGAUACUAAGAAGCAAUGUAGCAACAGUUAGGAAAGGCAUCAUUAUGGAUGGCUACAUCCAAGAGCAGAGGAUAACAUCAUGCUGUAGUUCAGUUGCUAAUUAAAGUCAUACUGAUAUAAAUAAUAAAAUUUCUAUUCUAACCAUGUGCCACAAAAGGCAUUUUACGUGUCCCCUGUGCUAUCUAAACCAAGACAGUUUGAUUAUACAUUAUCGAAAAUUAAAAAUACAAAGUCAUGAAUACAUCCAGACUGAAUACUUAUUUCGAAAUAAGCUAUUUUGGAAGAUAUAUUCCAAAAUAGUUUAUUUCAAAAUAGAGCAUCCACAUUACAAGAAAGCCUCAAAAUUAGUCCAAGGCAGGUUCCCCUAAUGUGGACACGCUGCCUCGAUUUAGAGCCCCAGGAAGCACUUGGGAGAAACUAAUUAGAAUGUCUCUGCGGAAGAGUUAUUUUGAAAUAGCAACAAUGGAGCAUCCACAUCACCACUAUUUCACAAUAGCUAUUUUGGAAGAGGAGUUAUUCCUUGUGGCAUGAAGUUUACAGCUUUUGGAAUAAGCUGCCCAUUAUUUCAAUGUUAUUUUGAAAUAACGGAAUUGUUGUGUAAACACUCGCUUUGUUAUUUGGAAAUAACACUAGUUAUCUCAAAAUAAUGGUACAGUGUAGAUGCACCCGGAAUGAGUUGAAGUUCAUGCCUUCAUGAAAGUCCCUAGAUAUUUUAUGUUGCCUUUUCUGUGUAACUAGGCCACAGGAGUUGUGCUGUAAUUUUGAUAUUUUUUUUUCAUUAAACUGUCCAAUAUUUCAGUAAACUUAG